AUGUACCCUGGCUCAUGGCUGUGGGCCCUGUGGUUGCUGUUGGUUGGUGCGGUAGCAGCCCAGAAAACUGCUGCUGCAGUGGCGACAACGUCUACAGACGUUGCGGCAUGUCCGGAACGAUGCAUCUGCCCAAAAAGGAGAGUCGGCGAUAAGUUUAGCAAAGUCAAAUGUGGUGGGCUCGAUAAGCCUGUCAUGUAUCUCAGCGAAAUACCCCUGGUUCAGCUGUCCAACUUUACGGGAGUCACAUUCUUGGAUCUGUCCAGCAACGUUAUUGCUGCUCUGCCCACAAACGCCAUACCUAUUCUGACUUUACAAAAGCUAGAUCUGACUAAAAACCUAAUUUCUAUUAUUCAAGAUGGAGCGUUUCGUGGUACACCAAAUCUUAAAAUAUUGACACUGACUGACAACAAACUCAGAAAUAUAUCUCAAGGCAUGUUUGAAGGGCUCUUUUCAUUGGAACAAUUGAAAAUAAACAAAAAUAGUAUUGCUCAAAUACCAGGCAAUACUUUUACAUUUUUGAUUCAUCUCACUAGACUAGAUAUAUCAGACAACCCAUUAGUUUGUGAUUGUGAAAUUUCUGGUUUUCUUGAGUGGGUCAAAAGAAAAGUUAAAUUAGGACCGAAAUCUGAAUGUCAUGAACCAAGUUCCUUGAAAGACACACCUAUUAAAAAUGUACGCCUAGAUAUGUUGAACUGUGUACGCCCAAAAUCAAAUACACCUCCAGCAAUCGAAAUUUUACCUUACACGAAUCUUGUUCUCUUUGAAGGAGAUUCAACAGAACUAUUAUGUCGUGCUGUUGGCACAGAUGCUCUAGAAGGUAUUAUUUUGACUUGGAACAUAAAUGCAUUAGAUACUAAUGCAUCAAUUAUUGUUACUGACGGAGAUUUUGAACACACUGGUUUGAUUCAAAGUAAUUUGUCAAUAGCAAAACUUAAUACAAAUCAUACAGGAAAAUAUGAAUGUAAAUUGAACUCUUCUAGUGGAACACGAAUUCAAUCAAUUUCACUGACUGUUAUUUCAAAUAAAACCAAAUUCUGUGGAGUUGAAGAAAGUAAAGACAAUAAAGGAACAUAUGCAUGGACUCGUACCGUCUCAGAUGUAAUAACUGUUAAACAAUGUCAAGCAAAUGAAGAAGUUGAACCUUUGGCUAGAGGUACAGUCAGUAGACAUUGUAAUUUGAAUGGUAUAUGGGAAGUACCUGAUACUCUAGACUGUCCUUACACCAGUCCAACUACUCGUAUUUUUUACACUCAAUCCAAGACAAAUGUUACUCAUAAAGAUAGCUCAGAAACAGCUAGGCAGUUAUUUAAUUACACGAGAGAUCAUUUUAAUGAAAUUAAAGAUAAUCUUGAUGUUAGUUUUAUGGCAGACAUAGUUGAUGACUAUUUGGAUGUAAUACGCAAUGAAAAAUUGUUAGCACCUAUCGUAGUAGAUUUAAUAAGUUUGAUGGCUGAACUACCUAGAGAAUUACUAUUAGCCGCUCAAAAGAAUGAUAAAUCCACUUCCAGACUCGUGAAUGCUUUGGAAACUUCAUUAGAAUUUGCUUCAACAUUAAAUUCUCGAUGGACAUCAGCUAUAGCGAUGGAAGAAUUUAUUAUUUCAAAAGAAAAUUUCAAUGGUUUAAUAUGUAUUUGGGGUCGAGACCAAGAUUCUCCAACUACAAUGAAUUCAUUGAUGUGUCAUGUUUAUAACAAUGAUAGUCUUUAUCAAAACAAAAUUAUUGAAGCGUCAAUAAAAGUACCAAAUUCAUUAUUUAUGAGUGAUUCAAAGACAGAUUUGCUUACUAAUGAAAUAAAAUUAGUAUUCAUAGUGUACGAAGAUGGGAAAAUGUUCCCUGAGCCAAUGAUAACAGCUGAAGACAAUGUCACAUUACUGCCUACGGAAAUAAAAUCUUGCAUUUUAGUAACAAAAUUAGUUGGUGUUGAAAUGGAAAUUUUACCAGAACCACUUAUUUUAACAUUACGUCAACCUGAAAAUUAUGAUCAUUAUUUGACAAUGAGGCCAAGCCCAUCAUGGUGGAAUCCUUUAUCUGGAUUAUGGGAUAUAAAUCCCAACACCAGUUGUCAGCUAGCACGUAUUACUGGCGGCAUGUUGGAGUACACGUGUAAUAGAUUUGGUUAUUUUGCAUUGACCAUGAGCCCAACAUUGGUGCAUAAUAUUUUUCCUCCAACAAAUAUUACUGCUACAAAAAAAACAAAAUUGUUUGCCCAUACAUCAAUUUAUAUUGGGACUUUUGUUGGGAGUACAUUUCUUUUAUUUUCAGUGACUCUCUAUGUGUUACUCAAUAACAACAUACAAAUGGCUAAAAAAUUGAAACACUCUCUUCCCAAUACUUGGUUGGCAAUGUCAAUGUUUUAUUUAAUCUAUUGUAAUGGUAUUCAUCGGACUGAAAAUCCUAGAACUUGCCAAAUAAUAGGAUUGCUGAUUCAAUUUUUCAGUUUAGCUCCAUUGUUUUGGAUGACAGUGACUAUUAAAGUUUUGUGUAAACGUGUACAUAAGCCAUUCCUUCCAGCUGGCACUCCAUCUGACGAUGGUGGUGGUAUGAAUAUUCCACAUGAAGAUGUUGUGGUAAAAAAGCCACUAUUGGGUAUAUAUAUGGUUGGCUGGGGCAUACCAAUGUUAUUGUGUGGAAUGUCAAGUGCUGUCAAUUUGCCUGGUUAUGGAGGACACGAAGGAGAUUACUGCUUUUUAAAACCGGGUCCUGCUUUUGGUUUUAUUCUUAGUGUGGCUUUAGUGGUUGUUAUCAGCAUCUUUUUCCUUAGUUUAAUUGUUUCCUGCGUUGCCAACGAUCUCGACUCCAAUGUACAACUUUCAGAAGGUACUCAAGCCACAGACUUGGAACUAUUGGAUCAGACAAAUAGCAUGGUAGAACACAAUAGUUGUCGCAGCCUCACAACUCCGUCAAGCAAAGUAGAAGAUCCCGAACAGUCUCCUGUUGUCCAACUGAGAUUUUUCAAUGGAACCCUAUUUGGAUACUUAUUGUCGGUUGCAAUGACUUAUUUUAAUGUAGCAGUUAUGCACAGUCCAACUAUUCAACUAUGGUUAGGUGUAUGGUUUGCUUGUUUCAAUAUAUUUCAAAACUUUUUGAUAAUGUGGUUUUACAUUUUUGUACGAAAUGAUGUUCAGAACGCAUUUGUAGAACUGAAAGAACAUCGCUGGGGAAGAAAAAAAGUUGUUGAUUCAGUCCGCGCUCCAUCCAUUAGAACUGAUAGUUUUCAAUCUGUGAGGCCAAAGUCCAAUAGUGAAGUUGUAUCAUUGCAAUCAUUUAGAUCACCUCAAUUACAACUUGUUAUGAUGCGACAUCAAUUAAAUGCGGAACGUCAAAUUGAUUAUUACAAUCCACAUCAAAUAACUGUAGCGAAGAGGUUUUUUAAAAAACAAAGAAGGAAACAAAAUAAUUUACCUCGACGUCCGCCAUUGACUUCACCAGAAUUAACAGACAAUGGUGCUUACUACUGUCAAAAUGGUAAAACCAAUAAUCUACGGUUGGAACUAAAACAAAAUGGUGUAUUCUCAGACAGUGCCAUUACUGAUCAUGAGUAUGUUGAAGUAGAUGGCCGUACACAGUAUCGACAUAAAUAUAUGCAACCGCCAAGAGAUUACUCUACCGAAGAAUUUGUAACCAGCCAAAUGAGUGGUGCUAGUUGUGAAGGUAUUUCAGACAGCGUCACCGAUUGUGGUCGGAACAUAAGCGAAAAAGAAACUUGCAGUAGUCCUCAUGUGAUAGUGUCUGACUGUUCUAGUGCAAAUCCAUUGAAUCACACAUAUGAAACAAUUACGCCAAAGAAAGAGAGAUGGACGGAUGCCAACAAAAGAAAAAAGGACAUGAGAAAAUCUCAUAAGGCAUCUGGUUAUACACUUGCCAGAACUAAUAAAUCUGAUAGUGACGAAAAUGACGAGACUUGUGUUUAA